AGACGAAUCUGACCAAGAGAAAGAAAGUAAAGCAAGAUGAAUGAUAUGAAACUCGCUGUUUUGGGCAGGGAAGGAACCGGCAAAUCUGCCCUUAUAGUAAGGUUUCUUACUAAGAGAUAUAUUGGUGAAUAUGCUUCUAAUUUUGAGUCUAUCUAUAAUAAACAUUUGUGUUUGGAAGGAAGGCAACUGAAUUUAGAAAUAUAUGACCCUUGUUCUCAACCACAGAAAGCAAAAUUUUCCCUCACAAGUGAACUGCACUGGGCAGAUGGGUUUAUUAUUGUGUAUGAUAUCAGUGACAGGUCUUCAUUUGCUUUUGCAAAAGCACUAAUCUACAGAAUUCGAGAGCCACAAAUGAGUCAUUGUAAAAGAGCUGUGGAAUCAGCAGUUCUUUUGGUUGGUAACAAGCAAGAUCUCUGUCAUGUGCGAGAAGUUGGCUGGGAAGAAGGGCACCAGCUGGCGCAGGAUAACCGGUGCCAGUUCUGCGAACUGUCCGCGGCUGAGCAGUGUCUGGAGGUGGAAAUGAUGUUCCUCAGAAUCAUCAAGGACAUCCUGACAACCUUCAAACUCAAAGAGAAAAGGAGACCCAGUGGCUCGAAAUCCAUGGUCAAACUGAUCAAUAAUGUAUUUGGAAAGCGAAGGAAGUCAGUUUAG